UGAUGAUAUGAUUGAAGACCAGCGCCUCUGUAAUGAAUCCUCAAAGUGGCACGGACAAACUGUGACCACUUAUGCCUUGUAUGUUGUUUUUGCUUCUUUAUCUCUUCUCAUUAUAAGUGGGAAUCUUCUUGUAAUCACCUCUAUCAUAUACUUUAAGCAGCUUCACACUCCAACAAACUUCCUUAUCCUCUCUCUAGCUGUGAGUGACCUGCUUGUUGGGGCUUUAGUUUUACCUUUUAGUUCAGUAUUGUCUAUGAGCUCAUGCUGGUAUUCAACUCAUCUACCCUGUAAAAUUCGAGGUUUGUUUGAUAUGUUAUUGUCUGUAUCAUCCAUCCUUAACUUAUGCUUCAUAUCUGUGGACAGAUAUUAUGUAGUAUGUCACCCUCUAACAUAUAGAAAUAAAAUAAAUGUUCGUGUUUCUCUAAUCUUGAUCCUAGUGAGCUGGACUUUUCACCUUUUACUUGCGGUUAUCAUCACAUUUCGAAGGAUAGGCUUAGAGGAUCCUAGCAGGAGGUGCAAGAUUUUUUCUGUUACAAAGGAAUCUAUUACAGGAUCUUACUUUGCAUUUUACAUCCCAGCUAUUAUAUUUUUGAUCAUCUAUUUAAAGAUUCUGGUUGUGGCAAAAAAGCAGGCACGCCGCAUCCAGAAAACUUUAAAGAUUUCUGUAUCUGUCAGUCAGAUGGAGAAAAAGGCAAACAUAACUCUGGCUAUUGUAGUGGGAGUCUUCUUCAUGUGUUGGACUCCCUACUUUUUGUCUAUCAGUUUUUAUGGAAUGUACAAAAUCAAAACACCAGAUGUAAUGGUGGAAAUAUUUAAAUGGAUUGGAUGGUCCAAUUCUAUGUUAAAUCCACUGGUUUAUGCUUUCUUCUAUAAAUGGUUCAGAAGGGCUUUCAAAAUGAUCAUUCAAGGGAAGUUAUUUCAGGGAGAUUUUUCCAAUACUAAUCUGUUUUGA